AGCCGUUCUCGAGUUUUAGCGAGACUAACGAACAGCAAUUCAUUUUUAUAUAUAUAGAUUGUACUUUACAAGGAUAUGACGGCUUGACCUGGCUUUCAUUUCGGUAAAGAUUAUAAAAAUAAAGAUGUAUCCUGUUUUCUAUUGAAAAUAUUUUUUAUUUCUUAAUUAACUUAUUUCGAACGGUUUGCUGAGACGAAGGUCUGUCUGCAGGUCCAAAACCCAAGGACAUAUACCUCUCACUUUUCUAAACAAUGAUGUUUGUAGUCUUUACAAAUAUAAAACGGGCCAUUUACCCGGGAAAACCUUUACACGUAGACGAAGCCGCGAACAGAAACUAGUAAAAUAUGUAGAUGUAUUAUUGUAACAAUGUAUUAUUAAUUAUAAAGUAUUGUGUCACUUGUUAAAAAUCAUCCAAAUGAGGAUAUUGAAUAUUAAAUAUUUUUCCUCAACAAAAUUAAAUAAACAUCCCGUUCAGUUAUUGUAUGUAACUAGAAGUGAACACAAAUGUAAAACUCAAAUAUGUAUACUAUUAGUUUAAUAAUUUUGUUUUUGUGUGCUGCAGAUGGAUUAGCUCCAAAAUGUACUAAAGCUGAGAACUUUAAACAGAAUUGUAAAGAUAAGAAACUCAUUUUACUUCUUAAUACAUCUAACUCUCAAGACAUUAAUCAAUUUAAAACAUUCUCCGAUGAUGUUGAAGUUAUCGAUGAUAUAUGUCCUGGAGGUGUCCAGGGACUUAUUGCAGCAACCACGGUGCUCCGAAAUUGUUACAUCGUUAACCUAAAUGUUUCUGAUUUCUAUAAAUUUGCAUUCAAUAAGGUUUCACAGUAUUUAUUAUAUGGAGCGACAGAAACCACUCCCAAUAUGAAAUUGAAGCUUGCGUCGUAAAACUCGACACUCCAAAUAUAAUUUGCAAUAAUAAUACAAUCAAAAAAUUCUCGUACCCUUCCGUAAAACUAAUGAGUGAAAAUGUAGAGGACUAUCAUGAAUUAUACAACGCCGUCCUAAAUUUUUCUAACAAAAGUCACGUCGAAAAGCAUGAAGAAAAGGCAACAAGCAACUUUGUUAUACUCAUAUGUACCGACAACGAGCCGAAUGAGGGUUUCCAAACAUUAUGUUGGAAAUGAUAUAAAAUUUUCUACUCAUUGCGAACGUGACAUUGAAAUAUAUCAAAA